UCCUGCACCCCCAAGCCAGCCAGGCAGUACUGCUCAGAGCCAAUCAGCCAGAAGCAGUAGUGGCUUGUCAGUGAAGGGGCCCAGCCACGUGCCUUUUCAUAGCUACUCAAGGCCACUGAGCCCAUCCCGCCCAGCCACCUGCAUUGUCUCCCCCAGCGAAUAGCACUAAGGGCAGGUCAGUUAUACAGAGCCACCCAGAGCAGCCUCUUGAGUGUGUGUCUUAGCACGGCCAAAUGCAGGGUUACACUCUAGAACAGAGGAGGUCGCCUACACUUAACAGAUGAGGGGCUGUAUCCUGGAAAGGCUUAGGGGUCAUGGUGGAAACCUGCUGAACUUAAGCUGCUAGUGGGAGGGUGUAGCUGAGAGGGAAUAUCACAGUCCUUGGCUGUCUGAGUAGAGGAGUAGCAAGGAGAAGCCGGGAAGGGGGGUUACCUCGGUAUAUGGCAUCAGUAAGACUAUUACUAGAGACUCUAUGCAGGUCUGGUGUGCACACUUCAAACAGGGUGGUGCUAAAUUGCUACGGGCUCAAAGAAGAGCUGCAAGAACAAUUGGAGAUCUGGAAAACCUGCCUUAAAGUCUGAAGGCAGCUAUCCCUCCAGGCGUGGUGAGCUGAGGAUGAAGAAGGUGUCAAGGAAAAGCCAGAAUGAGAAGUACCGGCUGAAAUACAGCCGGCUGCGCCGGGCGGCCAAGGCCAUGGUGUUCGAGAAUGCAGCCCUGUGCGAUGAGAUUGCCCGGCUGGAGGAGAAAUUCCUGCGGGCGAGAGAGGAGCGUCGAUUCCUUUUCACCAAGCUGCUGCAGCUGCAGGCGCUGUCAGCCGAGGAGGAGAGCCCGGCAGUGCCACUGGGGAGCAUCUCAGCAGGGUACGGCGUGGCACCGAUGCCUGGCCCAGAUGAGCCAGCGCCUGCGGGGAAGCGGCCCAAGAAGGGCAAGGAGAAUGGGCGUGCGGCCAAGCGGCGGGCAGCACCAGAUAGGGGGGUGCGGCGGCUGGUGCAGCCAGUGCCGCUGGACCCUUCGGGUCGGCCUGUCUUCCCCAUCGCGCUGGGUGGGCUGACAGUCUACAGCCUGGGUGAGAUCGUGGCCGACCGGCCAGGCUUCCACGAUGAGGGAGCCAUCUACCCAGUGGGCUUCUGCAGUACACGGGUCUACGCCAGCAUGCGGCGCCCUGACCAGCGCUGCCUCUACACCUGCCAGAUCAAAGAUGGUGGAGUGGGCCCCCGCUUUGAGAUCGUGCCUGAGGAUGAGCCGGGCAGUGCCCUGGCGGGCACCACAGCUGACACUUGCCAUGUCCAGCUGCUGGCGGCCAUCAGUGCUGCCCGGGGGCGGCCUUACCCUGAGCUGGAGGCAGCUGGGGCUGAUUUCUUCGGCUUCUCACACCCGGCCGUGCACAACCUGAUCCAGAGCUGCCCCGGGGCCCGCAAGUGCGCGGCCUACCGCUGGGUGCGCUUCGAGGUGUGUCGUCCCGGGGAUGGGCAGGUGCCCCAGGGGCUGCCCGACAACUGCGCCGCCACCGACUUCCAGUCCUUCCGCCGCCGGGCCCAGGAGGAGGAGGAACGGGACCGCGGAGGGGGCGGAGCUGGGGGGCGUGCACUGGGGCUGACCCCUGCCCAGGCCUUCACUUCCCCCUGCUCCUAUGAGGAGGUGUUCCUGAGCCGCCCUCUCGAGUCUCCCAGCCAUGGCAGCCCCGAUGGCUCUGAUGACUGAGACCCUCUCUCCCCCUCAACCCUGGUGUGGCCUCCAUGAAGCUCCCCUCCCCCCCGUACGGUCUGCACAGCUCUUCCCAGGGAGCUGCCCCUCCCUGCCCCCCAGCCUAUACAGAGUUCCCGGCCCAGCAUGGCCCCCACAUCUCCUGCCACUGAGCCCCCUCCCCCUGUGUGGGCAUCACAUGCCCCUGGCAUGAUCUUCAUGGCUCCUCCCACUGAGCUCUCCCUGUCCGCCACAGCAUGACACUGCCCCCCGCUGUGCUGGCCCUGGUGAUGGUGCUCUCUGUGGGAACCUGUGCAGCUGACUCCAAGUGGGGCUUGUCCCCACCCUAUGUGAACACUCUGCUCACUAAUAAAGAUGGUGGUGAAAGCCA